GAGGCCCGAGGAACUACUCCGUAGAGGUGGUUACCUAACCACCGCCGUCAAUCCAAAGAUAAAAUAAAUGGCAAUAAAUAUGGAGGUGACCAAGGACAAAGCCCACUCGUGGCAGGCUAGUGUCCUCACUAAAAAGUGGAAUCGGGGCUGGGGAAAGAUGCAAGUGAACCGGAUCACUUUCGACCACGCCGUCGCCAUGCCAUGCCCAUGCCCAUGGCUGUGGGCAGUCGGUGGGCAGGAUCGGUGGAGGCCCGAUUCUCUACCAUCCAGUCAACUCGUCUGGCCGGUCCUUCGGUUGCAAGAGUUAAUACAGACCUUCUCGUCCAUACUACCUCUGGUAAGGGGUCGGGGCCCUGUCUCUAUACUAGCCAGCUCCGUAGAGAGCUUUCUCCUCUACCGCCUCGAUAGAUCCAUUAUGAAGUACUCGAAUCAUACCACUCGAAUAUCAUCGGUAAAGGACUGGGGAGGGAAAAAAGCCUGGAUCGGAUUCCUGCCUCCCACGAGGAGGAUUUCCACUUACCUGUCCAUUCUACGACCUUGUCAUUCAGCUAAUAGGCCAGAAGGAGGGACCCCCUCCUUCGACCCUCCGCCUCUCUCGCCCUGGUUGGUUAUCAGGCAAAUGGCGAUCCCCGAUUGAUGAAAUGGACGGUCAAUUCCGUGUGCUUGUUGGUUGAUUGCUCCAUGCAUCACACCGCAAUUAGUGAUAUCAGUCCGCGGCCGAACCAGAUGCAUUGGUGGCUUACGUGCAUCCUUCCUGAUGAUCCGUGGCGACCUUCGAAAGUUCCCAGAUACAUAGUUUCCUUCUAGCUUCGUGCUUUGGGAGAGCGGCUCGUCCCAUCCGUCUGCCUAGGAACACUAAUUAACCUUAGUAGUCUACCUGCGUGUCUACCAUCUACCUAAAACGGCGCAAAAGGCACG